AAUUUGCAGGAGUUUUUAAACAGCUCUAACCAGUGAAUGUAUAAAUAUAUAUAGCAGUUGUGAUUACCCGCAAUGAUUCUGCUGGAUAAAUGUUUGGAACUUGUAUUGGAUUGUUAUAUACGGGAACAUUGUGACAGGCAGCGAAAGUAUUCAAUUGGUGGUAGCGCUGGCUUUUUAAUUGGUUCCAAGAUUUGUGAGGAUUUUUAUGUGGCACACAUUGCAAUGUGCCCUAAUCCUGACACUAUGCAAGAUGAGGAGAAAUACAUUUCGCGGACUGGUGAUAUUUAUUCGAAAUCAGUAGAUGAUGACUGGAUUGCUGAUAUCGGGUCGCGUGUUUUGAGGUUUUUGCCUGGUGGCACCAUGAUAGUUGGUUUGCUAUGGUUAGCUGAUUCAAAAAUAUCGUUGCAGUCACCACAAAUUCGUGGGAUGCUUGUUCGAGCACUUUCCCAGAUAACAGUCCGUCAUAAUGCGCUCAGUUCUCUCAACAUCAAGCCUGUUGAUAAUUCUUUGGCAUUAGUUGGAAUUGAAACACCAUUGGGGAAGCCGUUUGGAUGCAUUGUUGAUUGCAGUCGAAAAGGUGCUGUUGGCUCACAAACCAAAGUGAGCUUUAGUCAGUUGGAAUGGAUACGGUUGGAAUCAUCUGCUGCUUUUCGAUUAUCGGAACCUCUGACCGAUGGUGUUUGGGAUUUUCACAAGCAGUUUACAAGUGCAAUACAUGAUUGGGCUGAACGUCUUUUGAAAACAGAUUUAGCAUUGGUGAAUGGCUUGUCGCGACGAAGAGAUGAGCUUUUGAGGCCUCGUGAUCGGAAAAAUCGAGGACCGACCACGUUUGAUAUUGAAAUAUUUCUAAAUGCUGACGAGAAACAUGAUUCGGAAAACCAAAUGAUAUCUUCAUUCUGCAUCAUUGAUUUGAUCGUAGAUACUAUUGCAAAGGCAGCAGUACCCAGUAAAGCUACCAUUGGUCAAGCAAUUGAUGCUGUUAAAGAACAUAUAAUAAGGUCAUUAUGUAGUAGAGCUGAGCUUCAUUACGAAAGUACGGAUGUGAUCGAGGAUGAGCCAAAGGAUCGGUUGGCGGUACACCAGUUACCUCGUGCUGCCUAUGUUUCCUUACCCAGUCAACCGGCAAUCGUUUUCACGGAUUACCUCUUUGAAAGUGAUACAGCGAAAGAUGCACAACAGUCUUUCGCGGAAUUUCUAACUCUCAAAGUUCCUGAGGAUGACAUUGAUGUAAAUAGCGAACGCCAUUUGGAUGGGAGCGAUUUAUUGAGCAUGUUAAAUGAAGACGAUAGGCCUAGCCGCGUGGAACGAUCCAGUUCAUCGACAUCGAGCUUAAGUUCCGUUGUAUUACCUCCAAUAUGUAAAGUUGGUGACAUAACUUCGCUAAAUUACUAUUUCCUCAUUGCAGCACUUGUUGCUUUGUUAUCUUUUGUUGUCUAUCUUCUGAUGAAAACGAUAUCUUCUUAGCAGUUCUAUAAUGUCAUAACAUUUAACUACAAAUGAUCAUUUCAUCUCUGUGAAAUUCUCCGUAAGUCUGGUUCGAGUUGACCAAAUGUAAAUUUAUGCCUAACUGAUUGUUAUUCGGC